AUGGAAUUCCAUCCAUUGAAGUUUAGAUUGAUGCGUUCAGUUCUUCUAGCAAUUGGUUGCUUUCUGGAUGCAGGCCGUGCUUUUGAUGUUGAUGGGCACACAAGGAUUCCCGGAGCAAUUCUCACGAAGAAUCGACUACGCGGUGGUUUUAUGGAGAUUUUACAAAGAUCUCGAAUCACUAAUUUUUAUGCUUCAAGUGUCAGUGAAGAUUCGUACGACGAAUACAACUAUACCCAAGUGCUGGAUCAUUUUGCAUUCACGCCAGGGAGCUAUCAAACAUUUCCUCAACGAUAUUUCAUAGACAAGUCCAACUGGGGCGGCGCUCAAAAUAAUUCUCCCAUAUUUGUAUGGUUGGGAGCAGAACAAGACAUUACAAAUGACGCCGGGCCCUUCGUCAUAGAACAGCUUGCUCACUUCAAAGCUCUUGGGGUGUUCAUAGAGCACCGUUAUUAUGGGACGUCGAUGCCAUUCGGGGGAGAGAAGGAAGCGUAUGCGAAUGCGAGCACAAUGGGUUAUUUCACAUCCACGCAGGCCUUGGCCGAUUAUGCCACCAUCAUUGUCGAUUUGAAGAAAACAUUAAUGGCGGAGAAUUGUUCAGUCGUCGUGUUUGGUGCAUCCUAUGGUGGCAUGCUAGCUGCAUGGUUUCGCCUCAAGUAUCCCCAUCUAACAGUCGGCGCCCUCGCGUCAUCUGCACCUAUCCUUUACCUCGACGGUAUCGCUCCCACUCAUGUUUAUGACAGUGUUGUCACCAAAGAUUUCAGAAAUGCAAGCGAGAUCUGCUACAGAAGAACUAAUGAGUCAUGGGAUAUGAUGGACAAAAUGGCGUCUAGCCCGCAAGGCUUGGUAAACCUAAGCAAACUAUUUAACACUUGUCAGAAUAUUACAGAUACGGGCGCACUGUACGAUAAGCUUAUAUACAUGUACAAGAGAGCAGCACAAUACGAUUUUGGAAAAGUUAAAAGCAUCUGCGAAGCCAUCAAUAGCCUACCCGGAGAUGCAGAUACUGUUACUAGAAUAGCUUAUGCAGCAAACUCAGACAGAAGCGAAUGCUUGGAUUUGAGUCCAUUUAAUUAUACUGAACGGAGUUCAAUACUUGGAUGGGACUGGCAGACUUGCACUGAAAUGGUGUUUCCAUGGAGCGAUCCUCCUGGAACAACAAUGUUUCCCCCCUACUUCUUUCAUAUCAAGGCCUAUUCCAGGGAUUGCUACCUGAAAUACGGAGUCGUGCCACGCCAACACUGGGCUACAAUUGAAUUCGGAGGACACGACAUAAAAAGAGUGUUGAAAGAUUUUGGAAGCAAUAUCAUUUUCUCUAAUGGGUUAAGAGAUCCAUGGAGUAGUGGAGGUGUGUUGGAGAAUAUUUCUGAAAGCAUUGUAGCUGUCACCACCGAAGAGGGAACGCAUUGUCAAGACAUUGUUCGAAGUUUCAAUGACGAUCCAGUCUGGUUGAAAGAGCAACGACAAAAAGAGAUAAUGGUCAUCCAAAAAUGGAUUAACGAUUAUAAAAACUAA